GUGCUGUCCCCGGAUAACAGGACACUCACCAUAAUCAAAGUCACAAGGGAAGACCAAGGACCCUAUAAGUGUCAAAUCCGGAACCCAGUUAGUUUUAAUGAGAGUGAAUUCACACUGAAUAUUGCCUAAAGAACAACCAAACCUAACCUCACAGCCAACAGAACCAGCGUCAUAGAGAAUGACACUUUGGUCUUCACAUGUGGCACAGAACAGGCAGAAGUGGACAUUCUGUGGUUCUUCAAUAAAAAGUCCCUGAUUCUCAAUGAGAGGAUGAAGCUGUCUAUGAAGAACCAGACCCUUAUCAUCCAAGUUGUGAAGCGGGUGGAUGCUGGGUCCUAUGAAUGCGAAAUCCGGAAUCCAAUCAGUUCCAACAGAAGUGACCCCAUUUCCCUGACUGUGAACUAUGGACCAGACUACAUCACAUUUGUUCCAAACUCCGAGAAAGGAGAGAUUGACGUCAAACUCAAAGGCUCACUGACGUUAGAGUGCCAUGUUGAGUCUUACCCACCUGCCCAGUAUAUAUGGCAAGUCAAUGGUACCGUGAACUCUGCCUUCUCUAAUAAUACCUAUGUCAUCAAAAAUGCAACUCAGGAAGAUUCAGGAGAGUAUACAUGUGAGGCAAAGAACAAUGUCACCAACUUGUCAGUCUCUAAAAGCAUCACAGUUAAGGUGGUUGAAAAUCCUUCAGGAGGAAGUAAUGGCUCCACACUCUCUGGAGGGGCCAUUGCCGGCAUUGUGAUUGGAGUUCUAGCUGGAGUUGCUCUCAUUGGGGGCCUCAUCUAUUUCCUCUUCUUCAGAAAGACUGGAGGGGCCAGCGAACAUCAUCCUACAGAGCACAAAUCCUCAGCACCCAACAACAGUCAGACCUUCUCUGACAGCUCACCUAAAAUGACUGAGGAAGUACCCUAUGCCUCCGUGAACUUCAAUGCCCAGAAACCAGCUGCCAAGACUCAGUACCCAUCAUCCAUGGACACCGUUUAUUCUGAAAUCAAAAAGUAAUGAACUGGUCCUUUUUCUCUGCACUAUGGACAGAUGUAUUUAUUGUGAUCUUCCUUCAACUUCUCAAGUCCUGAGACUCCAACCUUGUAAAGCCCAGCUCUACCACA